AGUUCAGUACUCUCUUAGCCGUGUCUGUGCAACAAAGUUUCAUUUGAAUUUUCGUUCGCGGUAUUUUUUGUGUGCGGUGUAUAUCGCCUCGAAGAAGUGUGAAUUAAUUUAAUGAAGACGCGCAAUAUUGAAGUCAUUGGACGAGUUGUAGUUUUGAUUCCCAAUCAACUGCUCGGGUUGAUAGUGUAGUGUAAGUGUUAUUUCGAAUAAUCGAAUUAUUUGAUGACAAGAAAUUCUGUUUUUUUGGUUUAAAUAAAAACAAGGAGUGGUGUGUACGCUGAGAUAUUAUUUCAAGUUUAAAACAAUAGAGAGUUUUACUUCGAUAAAACCUUUUUUAUUUUCUUCUUCUUCUGUAUAUUCGAAGGUAUAUUUUAUGCCAGCUCAGCGAAUUUGUUUUCGCAUAAAACUGUGCAUAUUGAAAUUGUGUUAUUAUUCGUUUCUAUAAACGCGUACAGCAUUUUCUGAAUAAUAUAAAGGUUAAGGCGAAUGCUAUACUUAUACCUAUAUACCUUCAGUGUUUAGCACAUCCGUACAGCAAGCAAAAUAAAAUAAUAAAAAAAAGUUACGUUAAUUUAUCCAUAUCAAUCAUUAUGUGCAUAUUAUUAAAGUGAUGGAAUAAAUAUGUCGUGUAAUAGCUUCAGCUGCUAAGGAAUACACAUUCUAUAUAGUGUAUUAUAUACUGUGAUGUGAAUGGCACACAAAAAACAAAAACGGCAAAUUAUAUUUUUCUGCUACGCAUUAUAUAUCUCUUGAUAACUUUUGGGAUUAUAGCCGAUUAUGAGGAUUAACGUAUAGAAUAAGUGGAAUAAACAUUCAGUUGAAUGAUUGACGAGAUAAUCAUCAUGCAUAUUACGAUAAUAUUCUUCUCUCGAUUGGAUCAAAUUACUAAGUGCAAUCAGCAAUUUUAUUUUUCAUCAGUGUGUUAAGUGUGAUUGGCUGUGCUAUUAAAACGAAACAUAUUAAAAAAAUUGAAUUUGAAAUAACAAGUUAUUUGAUUCGUUAAAUAUUCAAAUGUGAAAAAGAAGAAGAAUUGUUUGAGUGGUUUUAAAAAUUAGGAAAACAGUCUCGUCUAUCGGCGAUUGAAGAAAAAUGUGAUUAUACAGGGACCGAUCAAUUUGGGAUAUUAAUGAUUGAUGUGUUGUUUCAAUAAUAAAUCGGAAAAAAGUUUUGAAAUAAAUAGAUUCAGUUAUGUGUGAGAAUGCAGACAGGUGUUACCACAAUUGCAACGAUUUUAAUGGAUUACAGUUCAAUUUCUAUAAAAGAAACAUAAAUUUUCCAUUGUGACUGGAAGGAGUGUUAACGACCCUAACAUUUGACAUUUGAACGAAGAAAAUUUAAAAAAAAAUUAUUUAACAAAAAAGAGAAUUCACAACAUCGGACACUGGCACAAGCCAUUGCCAAUUGAAAACAAUUAACAGCAAAAUGUAUAAUAGCGCUGGCAUAAAUGCGGCAGCUGUUGCAGCCCGACAUCCGGGGCCUCCACAACCUGGUCAACCCUUUAAAUUCACUGUCGUGGAAAAUUGUGACAGGAUUAAAGAGGAGUUCAACUUCUUACAGGCACAAUACCACAACUUAAAAAUGGAAUGCGAAAAGUUAGCUCAGGAAAAAACCGAAAUGCAGAGACAUUAUGUGAUGUAUUAUGAAAUGUCAUAUGGAUUGAAUGUGGAAAUGCAUAAACAGACUGAAAUAGCAAAACGUCUGAAUGCCAUCAUAGUCCAAAUCGUACCUUUUCUACAAGCCGAACAUCAGCAGCAAGUUGCCACAGCUGUUGAACGAGCAAAGCAAAUCACAAUGGGAGAAUUGAAUGCUGUGAUCGGCCAACAACGACCAGAUCUUCCUCGCAUUCUCCAGCAAAUGCACGCUCAGCAAAUUCCCGGCCAAGGUGCACCACCGAUGCCACUUGGUAUGCCUCAUCCGAGCAUACCCGGAGCUUUGGGCGGUCCAUUGGGCUUAGGAAGUGCACCGUCGCAGCAUCCUCUGUCGAUACUAAAUAAACAGGAACUGCAUCGACCUGAAGAAACCAAAAGCAAUAGCGGACUCAGCGUGCCUGACGUUCAUCGCAACUCAAUAUCGCCACCAACCGAUCGUGAAAAGUACAGAAAUCUUAGUCACGAACGGCCUCGAUCUCCAUCGGAACAGCACGAUUUGAAGAAGGUGAAAAAGGAAGAGAAAGACAUGGGUCAUCAAUCGGAUGGUGAGAAGUCCGAUCAAGAUCUAGUUGUAGACGAUGCAUCCGAAAUUUCCCCAUUGAGUCCCGUUCCGAAUCAACACCACAGCAACGGUACUGCAUCGCCCAGAGAAAAUGGAUUGAUGGUGAAAAAGCUCGAACACCAAGAUCGAGAACGCAACAUCGGUCCACAUUCACCGCGAUCUGGAACAUCGUCGAAUGCGUCAACCCCAUCCAAUAAGAAACUGGAAGAGAAACCAUCUACUCCCAUCGCCAAAUCAGUGACACCAACAAAUUCGAAUCCAUCGAAUGGCAUUGGAAGUGGAAGCAGUAGUAAUGGUGGACAAUUACCGCCGAGUGGAGUUGUUAAGGCUGUUGCCAAGCCACCUGUAUUAAAUCCGAACUAUCCACAUUACUUGGGACCGAUGAACGGAGCUGGACCACACGAUCUCGGUGCUUAUGGAGCGGCUGGAGUUCAUAACAAUCUACCGCCCGGAUUGAAUAAUUACCCGAGAGCACCACUUCAAGUGGCUUUCGAUCCACAUCCUCAACACAUGAGAGCGCCGAUCGGUGGUGCGAUACCUGGAGGAAAGCCAGCGUAUUCAUUUCAUGUGAGCGCAGACGGUCAAAUGCAGCCUGUGCCCUUUCCGCAUGAUGCCUUGAUUGGACAAGGGAUACCCCGACAUGCACGCCAAAUAAACAAUUUAUCGCAUGGUGAGGUCGUUUGUGCCGUUACCAUUUCGAAUCCAACUAAAUAUGUUUACACUGGCGGCAAGGGCUGUGUCAAGGCAUGGGAUAUUACGCAGCCCGCAAACAAAAAUCCAGUCUCUCAGCUGGAUUGUCUUCAACGCGACAACUACAUUCGAUCGGUGAAAUUGUUGCCGGAUGGCCGGACUUUGAUUGUCGGUGGUGAGGCAUCAAAUCUAUCCAUCUGGGAUCUAGCCAGUCCGACGCCGCGCAUUAAAGCCGAACUAACGUCCAGUGCACCGGCGUGCUAUGCACUGGCCAUCAGUCCCGAUUCUAAAGUGUGCUUUUCGUGUUGUUCCGACGGUAACAUCGCCGUUUGGGAUCUACACAAUCAAGCGCUUGUCAGACAAUUCCAAGGGCACACUGACGGCGCAUCCUGCAUUGAUAUUAGCCCGGACGGCAAUAAAUUGUGGACGGGUGGCUUAGACAAUACGGUUCGAUCGUGGGAUUUGCGAGAGGGACGACAAUUGCAACAGCACGAUUUUACAUCACAGAUAUUUUCGUUGGGAUACUGUCCAACCGGUGAUUGGUUGGCUGUUGGUAUGGAAAAUUCGAAUGUGGAAGUGCUGCAUGCAACAAAACCGGACAAAUAUCAAUUGCAUUUGCACGAAAGUUGUGUGUUAAGCUUGAAGUUUGCCGCUUGUGGCAAAUGGUUCGUGUCCACCGGUAAAGACAAUUUACUCAAUGCAUGGCGGACGCCGUACGGUGCUUCCAUUUUCCAGUCGAAAGAAUCUUCAUCAGUACUCAGCUGUGACAUAUCAGCCGACGAUAAGUACAUUGUCACUGGUUCUGGUGAUAAGAAGGCUACCGUUUAUGAAGUCAUUUACUAGACGUUUAUUCACCAUUUAGCUUUUGAAAAUAAAUUGAGAGAAUUUCCAAAUAGAAAAAAAUAAAAAAUUUAAUUUCAAAAAAUUAGCGCCAAGAGUAAGAAAACACAUUUGAUGGAAAAUCCUUUGUUACUAUUAGGCGACAACCCACUACGCGUUUUGUAUAAAAAAAGAAGAAAACUCUGAGAAGAGACUCGCUUAAAAGAAAAAAAAAAAGUUUUUUUUCGGUUUUUUCGUUUAAAUUCUAUAUUUCGAUUUGGACUGAUGUGAGAGCUCGAAUGUGAGUUAAAAUAGAAGAAAUAUUGUAUCAGUGAGACUUUAUAUAUAUAUAUAGAUGUAUGUAUAAUGCUUGUGAAUGAUUUUUUAAAUGCAAAUCGAAAAGCUUAGCUCAGUUAAUUUUUGGUUAAGUGCGAGAGACUGUAUGACGAAUUUGUAAAUCAAUUUUUAAGUUCAUAAAAAUCUAGGCUUAUAAAACAAGAAUAUUUUCAAUUGCAUUAAGUAGUAGCUGUAUAUGUGUACUUUAUAAGUGUUUUUUAAAAAA